AUGGGUAACAAUAACAGCAGCACACUUACAAUUAACCUUGAUCGAACUAAUCUAUUUUAUUUUACUGAUGAAGUCGUUUCGGGAACAGUCGCCUUAAAUAUCACCGAAGGAAAAGUUGAAGCAGAUGAAAUUUAUAUACAAAUGACUGGUGAAAUCGGUUAUACAACACAAAAACGAGUUGUCCGUGAUAGGAAUGGUCAUAUAAUAAUGACAGGAACAAUUACAAACAGUACUGAUCGCAUAACCUAUGAAACUGAAUAUCAUCAUAUUCCAUUUUAUUCUGCUAAAGCCAUCUUUGCACAUCCUAAAGCUGGACAAAAACAAGUAGUUUAUACUCAAGGAAAACAUCUGUGGCCAUUUGAAAUUCCCUUAACCAAUCAUCUACCACCAACAAUUAAUCAACCUGAAUCAUAUCCUCAUGUUCGAUAUUAUUUACAAGUUGUUAUUGAUAAACCAUGGUACAAACCAAAUACAAGAGAAACAAAAUAUAUAACAGUAUUUCCAAAAGUUAAUCUAUUACACAAUCCUCAAUAUUUACAAACCAUUACAUUUGGAAAUCAUAAUAGAAAAGAUAUAACAUUAACAGGAACUUUAAAUAAAUCAGCAUAUGUUCCUGGUGAAACUAUUCAUGUUACAUUCGAUAUUGAAAAUCCACAACGAGUUGUUAUUAAAAGUAUUGUUCUUUCAAUGUUACAAUCACAUCGAAUUGGACAAAAUUCUCGUGGAUAUAAUAUAUUUCAAACAACAUUACCAAAUAUUAUGAAAUCAAAAGAUCAACAUAUAAAACAAACAUAUGAUGUACAAAUCCCAUCGAUAACAUUACCACCAUCAUAUCAAUUUCAAGGAGGAAUUUCUAAAGUUGCUUUUGUUAAUAAUAAUUAUAUGCUUAAAUUUGUGGUUAAAGUUGAAGGAAUGUUUACUAAUUUUGAUAUUGAUAUACCAAUUGUUGUAGGUACAGAAGUAGAUUCUGACAAAAGUCAUCAACAUACAUUGAAUCCUUGGUUCAUUGCUGAUUCUUCAAAUGCUGAACAAUCGAUGUUUACCGAUCAUGAUCAUGAUGGACUACCUAGUUAUGAGACUGCUACGCAACAUACAAAAUAA